UUAUAACAAAUAAUCCGUGUCUAAUUAAAAUUCACAAAACGUCCGUACGAAUAUAUUAUUUGCUUUGGAAACACACGAAGCUAGACCGCUCGUCUGCACAACCCUCAUCCGCAUCACGAAACGACAAUAUAUGAAUUGGCAAUUAUAUUGUCGUACCAUCUCCAAGAAAAGAGAAUGGCAAUGAGCUCAGCCAUGCUCGUAUCUCAGUCCCACCACUUCCCUCCGUCGUCUCCGUCCUUCGAACUCACCAAAUCCCCCACAAUUCGAACCCCUAAUUUCCUCCUCUCUCUCCGAAGUUGCGACGCAGUGCUCAAGUGCAGGACCCCACGCCCACGGUCCUCAUAUUUCAAGCUUUCGUCGUCCGGGAAUCAGACGGUGGAGGUUGCGUCACCGAUCGUGGAAUCAGCGGCUGAAGUGGUCAGGAAAUUCUACGGCGGAAUCAACGGCCGUGAUCUACCUUCCGUCGCCGACCUCAUUUCCGAUAGCUGUGUUUACGAGGACCUCAUAUUUUCCCGCCCCUUCGUUGGUCGAAAGGAUAUCCUUGAAUUCUUUGAAAGUUUCACGAAUUUGAUUGACAAGGACCUCCAGUUUGUUAUCGAUAAAAUAACUACUCAGGAUUCUUCAGCUCUUGGUGUCACAUGGCAUUUAGAAUGGAAGGGAAAGCCUUUUCCAUUUAGUAGAGGCUGCAGCUUUUAUCAAUUGGAGGGCAUCAAUGGCAAGAGAAUGAUAACGUAUGGAAGAGACAGUGUUGAACCUGCAAUCAAGCCUGGGAAAGCUGCUUUAGUGAUUAUCAGAGUGACUUGGUUACUGCAACAAUUUCCCCAGCUAGCAGACCGUUUAUGAAUACGUUUUCUGCAUUAAACUUUCGUGUAUAUAAUGUAUACUCAUUAUUGUGCCGUUAAUGGAACACAUUUCGUUUGUUAAUUAAUACUGUUGGAUGAGAUCUAACAACUGGGGUUUGUAAAUUGUAAGAGCUUUAAUAAAGUUCCUACGACAAUUUGAAAUA